AACAACACUUAACAUUGACAGAGCUCCACCCUCACCUGACUCACUCGAAACAGACAGAAAAACAGACAAUCAGCUUCAUCUUCAGACCAAACUAACAACUUCCUCUGAGUGAGUUCAGCUACAGGAGAGAAAAGUGGAAAACUACAACACUGCUGCUUCAACCUGCUGACACUCCACACAUUGAAGAGACCAAAUGGCUUCCAGAUCAGAGGAGGAUCUCUGCUGUCCGGUCUGUCGUGAUGUCUUUAGAAAUCCUGUUGUUCUGACAUGUAGCCACAGCUUGUGUAAAGACUGUCUGCAGAGCUGGUGGAGACAGAAACAAGCUCUAGAGUGUCCAGUCUGUAAGACGACAUCUUCAAAUGCAAAUCCACCUUGUAACCUGGUGUUGAAGAACCUGUGUGAGUCCUUCUUACUGGAGAGAGAUCAGAGAGCUUCAGAGGCUCUCUGCAGUCUGCACUCUGAGAAACUCAAACUCUUCUGUCUGGACCAUCAGCAGCCAGUGUGUGUCGUCUGCAGAGAUUCAGAAAAACACAUCGACCACAAAUUCAGACCCGUCGAUGAAGUAACACGACAACACAGGAAGGAGCUUCAGGAAACUCUGGAGCCCUUAAAGGAGAAGUUAAAGGGUUUAGAACAAGUUAAAGUGAAGUUUGAUCAGACAGCAAAACACAUAAAGGUCCAGGCCCGACGCACAGAUAGGCACAUUAAGGAUCAGUUUGAGAAGCUUCACCGGUUUCUAGAAGAGGAAGAGGAGGCCAGGUUGGAUGCACUGAGGGAGGAAUAUGAGCAGAAGAGUCAGAGGAUGAAGGAGAAGAUGGAGGCUCUGAGCAGAGAGAUAGCAGCUCUUUCAGACACAGUCAGAGCCACAGAGGAGCAGCUGAGAGCUGAAGACGUCUCAUUCCUGAUCAACUACAAGGCUGCAGUGGAAAGAGUCCAGCAGCGCCCCCUGCUGGAUGAUCCACAGCUGCUCUCAGGAGCUCUGAUAGACCAGGCCAAACACCUGGGCAACCUGAGCUUCAACAUCUGGAACAAGAUGAAGGACAUGGUCUCCUACACUCCUGUGAUUCUGGACUCAAACACUGCUCAUCCAAAACUCAUCCUGUCUAAAGAUCUGACCAGUGUGAGACGAAAGACACAGCAGCUUCCUGAUAAUCCAGAGAGGUUUGACAUAUACCGCUCUGUCCUGGUCUCUGAGGGCUUUAACUCAGGGACUCGCAGCUGGGAUGUCGAGGUUGGAGACAGUACAAGCUGGGAUCUGGGUGUGUUAGCAGAGUCUGUCCACAGGAAGGGAGGCAGAUCUUCUGGAUUAUGGAGAAUAUUGUUCCAUAAAGGUAAAUACUCAGCACGGUCAUCAUCAGCUCCACGCACUGAUCUCGUAGUGCAGAAGAAGGUACAGAGGAUCAGAGUGACUCUGGACUGGAACAGAGGAAAGCUGUCGUUCUCUGAUGCUGAUACUGACACACAGAUACACACCAUCACACACACUUUCACUGAGAAGAUGUUUCCAUUCAUUUACACUUGGUGUAAAGUCCCACUGAAGAUAUCACCAGUGAAGGUGUGUGUGACAGUGGAGCAGAGCAGUUAGAGAUAAAGAGGAUUAUUGUAUUCAUGAUGGUGUUUAUUUUUUUUAAAGGAAAAAAGUCUCUGAAUUUAACCUCUUAAUCUGCACCUGUCCUCCUGCUGUCUCAUUAUUAUAAAGAUAUGUUCUUUCACUUAUUGUUUUCAUUUUAUUCUUAUUUAGUUUAAAAGUUAGCUUUUGUUAUGUUAAA